AUGCAUCGAAUGAUUGCUACAAUUCUCGCCCUAUUUUGCUUGAGCUUCUCGCCAACCUGCCAAGCCGUUGACAUCAAUGAUUGUGGUAAGUCUUGAUUUCAUUACGUUUUUUAAUUACAUCCGAUCGAUGAAUAUAUUUUUCCACCACUGAACAUGUUUACUUAGAAAAGUGAGAAAAGAAGGACGCAACAGUCACGAACAAUGCUCGUUUUUUUUUUUUUUUCUUUUUUCCAAACCUCGAAGUCACUUAUCUUGACAAUGCUCUGUAUGUAGUUAACUUUCUUGUGCUGUGUCAGUAACAUGUAAAAGAAAAACUGGCGGUAAAUGUACAGUGUAAAAUAUUGGGUAUGUGUAUUUCUUAUUAAUUACUUGCAAUAUUAUAACAUAUACGAAGAUAAUAAUAAAUUGGGAAUUUCAAUAGCAUCACUUAUCUUUUUUAAAUAACGUUGAAUCACACAUUAUCGGUAAACAAAUACAUACGUGUACAAUCACGAUUCCUUUGUUUCGAACGAGGCCUCUUCACUUUGUUCGUUCUUUUACGAGGACAAAAGGAAUUCAAAGAAAUCUAGAAAUCACGUACUUGGAUAUUUUGGACAUUUAGUUGUUUAAAUUUCGCAAUUUAUCACAAUCAUACGUUUCAUUUUUAUCCGCGUCAAGGAUGAUGAUUUGAUACAGCUGAUCACUCAAAUUUCAUUUUUCUUCACAAUAUAAUCAAUAGAAAUAAAUCGCUAAAAAUAAAUGCAAAGUUAUUUCUUCGUUUUGAGAAAAAAAAUUCCUCUACCGAAUAGGAUGCCACUUAAUAAUCGGUUAGGUGGCUUGCAAUUGAUGUAAUAACAUACGAUCGUAAAAAUGGCGGAAAUUCUUGUCUGAGAAAUUCAAAGUCACGAGAUUACGACUCCUCUAUAAUUGUCAAUGUGAAAAUCUGUUUACAUUAAGGACGCACGUAUAUAUUUAUAUACCUACCGAUCAUGCAAUUAUCACUAACAUUCAAUUACGAUUAAUCAUAAAACAAAAAUUCAAUCAACGUGUUUUUGUAUGCAUAACACGUGCAUAACACAAUACGAAUGUAUGCAACAAUUUUUCCAUCGAUUUGACAUAUGUGUGAUUUUUUGCGUGGCGAAACAAUCUAGGAAUAAUUUACCAAGAUGCCACGUUCUUCAUUCAUUAUAUUACAAUUUUCUUCACGCAGGCUCGAAAGUCGGCAAAUUUACGUCCAUAACUCUAGACUGUGACAUGAGCAAAAGUGUAUGCGAGUUAAUACCAGAUACAAAUGCAACGAUUAAGAUCGAUUUUACAGUCGAUAAAGAUAUUUCGAAAGUUGUUGCGGUCGUACAUGGUAUUGUGAUGGACGUUCCAAUACCUUUUCCAUUGCCAAACCCAGAUGCUUGUCAAACGGCUGAUUCUGGCAUUCAAUGCCCCUUGAAAAAGGGAGACACGUUGCACUAUAAAAAUACAUUAGCAGUGCUAAAAGCCUAUCCCAAGGUACAACGGAGUGACAGUUUAUUUGUUAAGCUACAUCUCAUGCUGCAAUACAAAUCAGUUAUCAAUCAGUUAUUUAAAUCGUUAAAUUACAGGUGAGUGUUACCGUAAAGUGGGAACUCAAGGAUGAAAAUAACGAAGACAUUAUUUGCGUGUUAAUCCCGGCACGAAUUAAAUAG